GUCCAUUCUCCUACACAAAUCUCUUAAACACCUUUCACCCAACAAAAAAAAAAAUCGGUUUCAAAAUCAGCGUUCGUUGAUUAAGGAAAAAAAAUGGCAAAUCUUAAGUUCGUUAUCGUCUUGGGUAUGCUCUUCGCCAUCUCCGCCGCUGUUUUGGCCGAAACUUCCAAAGAUGAGACUCAUGUGCAAAAGAUGAACCCGACAGAAACUACUCAAGUGGAGCCGCAGCAGGCGAACUGCGGCUGCGGGAGGCGAAGGCGAUGCUGCGGCGCAUGCGCGUUCGGAACGCAGUGCAGCGCGUGCUGUGCGAGCAAGUUGGCCGAGGCGGAGGAAGAGGCCAUCGUGGUCGAGCCAGACGCUGCAGUACUUGUUGUUAAAGAUGACAAAACAUAUAUAUGAACCGAGCGUACGAAAUAAUGUGAUGGUUAUGUAAUAUAGCAGUAAUAUGUGUGAUGCGUGUACGUGUUGUGACUAUAACGCAUGCAUGCAUGCGCAUGCAUGGCCACUAUAUACCACUAGGGUUUUAUGGACUCUCUGUGGGGGUUGAAUAAGGAACGGUACGUACGUACUACCUUGUAAUAUGAUACCAUACUCGUGUUGAAUAAACUUAGUGGCCAUAUAUUUUUUACUUUGAAA